UUCAGCUUUAUUCAGACCGUUCAGUGUGUGUUAAUAUAACGUGCAUCUUCAUCAUGAACCCCUAUCAAAAUCUAUCCUUUAAUCCCAUGGAUUAUAACUAUCCUCCCAAUGGAUCCUAUGCUCCCAUACAGAACCCUACUCCCAGUACUGUCUAUGUGCCUCCCAGUGUUUCUCAGUCCUGUGACUUUAAUUGUGUUUGCUGCCUGAAACUGAAAGCGGGUCAGACAUCUUCUUGCAACACCUCAAAGACAACUGUGGGAACCCAGACAAUGCUUGAAGUUCCUCAAGGCCUCGAUCCUGAGGGGUUUUGGAUGCGAGGGACUUAUGAGCAUGCUUUAUUACAGAAGUCUGUCAAUAAUGCCCUGCAAAAGUACAAGCUGUCAGGGAGAAAGGACAGUAACUGGGAGGCUGCAACAAAUGAGAUCAUGAACUCCUACCAGUGUGACAUGCCUCAGACUCCCACAAACAGAAGAAAGGUUCAAGACCGAAUGAGAAAAGCAGUUUACUGGGGACGCUUCUACGAGAAAAAAGAAAAAGAGGCAGUAAAAAGGGGUAUGACUGUUAAGGCUUUCCUUCGGCAUUCCAAACAACAUCCACAAGAAACAAGCAGUUCAGAACCCUCUGGAUUGUUGGAGGAACAAUGUGAUACUGAGGUUGCUGACCGUGGAGAUGCUAGAGAUAUGACUGCACCAACAGCAGCUACUUUUUCCAGUGACUCCGACAGCGACACACCUCUGGCCGUCUACAGACAGAAAACCAAGGGCAAGAAGUAA